AAACACCCUUGAGCUUUAGGCCCGUUGGGAGCUAGCUCUGAGCAUCACAGUUUCAGCCUGUCUCUGCAUUUGACAAUGCUCCUGAGCCCCUCCCUUGUCCUUCCCCUGCAGCCCACACGGGCCCCCGUUGGCCCUGAGAACGCAGGGUUGUUUUCCACCCCAGGGGUGCCUGAAACCACAAUUGCCAUCUGGGUUUGGCAGCCUUGGGCCCAGACGGAUGGGCUCCAAAUAGAUCUGGCAGCAGGGCCAGGCCCCUCCCCGCCUGUGGUCGAAGCCGGAGUGGGCGGGAUGAGGGGGGAUGUGGCCCUUUACCCAGCCACACCAGGACUAGCAGCAGGGUAUAAAUGGUGGCCUGUGAGCCACAGGCUCCAACAGGCAUCAGCAGAGCAUCCUACAAGACAAGAGCAACCAGCGAAACCGGCUUCUACCAUGAAGACACUCACCCUGCUGACUUUGCUGGCACUGGCGACCCUGUGCCUGUGCCGUGGGGCCUCGGAUCAUUCCAACAGCGCUAACGACUCGCCCAGCUCUGAAGCGUUCGUCUCCAAACAGGACAGCGCUGAGGUGGUGAGGAGACACAAACGGAACUAUGUCUACAAGAGGUUCUAUAUCAUCGACCCUCUCGAGGGCAAGCGUGAGAUCUGUGAGCUCAACCCCGACUGUGACGAGCUGGCUGACCACAUUGGAUUCCACAAGGCUUACCGAAGAUACUACGGGGCGGUCUAGAGCUUCCUGGCCCAGAGAUCCACCCAAGUCCAUCCCAGUGCGGGGGAGAGAGGAAGAGGAAUUGAUACCUAAGCACAGCAGGGAGCAGAGAUCUUCUGCCCCAAGCUGAUUCCUGUAACUGUGUGUUAAACGUACAAGCUUUAUGUUCCCUAAGCUGCCAGCCCAGCGCCUUGUACUGAGCCUGGAGCGCUUGCGCUUGUAUCUAUAAUGCUUUACUGACGGUUUCCUUUACGGGCCAGGUGCGUCGUGCUGGUUUUGCGCUAUGGAACGUUUCUUCAAUGAUGUGAGAAAAUAAACGAGAGGAACG